GUCUGGGUACCCUGUCACACUUGUCACAGUUUUCUUAAACAGUCAGAAAUUUAUGUCGCAAAUAGUUAUAGUAUUUUAUUAUUCGUUUAUUUAGGUAUAUGACUAGUAAUUUAUAUUUUACAAGAACAAAAUCUAAGUAUAUUAAAAAGUCUUGAAAACCAAAACAAUAGUUUUAAUUUUAUAAAAGUACAGAGGGGGCGUAUGUUAAAAAUACAUUGGAUUAUAUAGUAUCCAAAAAUGGAUAAACAACGUAGAAAUAAAAGCUUUUCUAAUAAAGCUAUUUCUCGCCGCAAUCUGAAGAAAAUAAAAAUUUACCUUGAUUUUCUUUCAUGCCACCCGAAUAUUCCAACUCCAAAUAAUUUCGAACAACUGCCGGCGAAAUUGUCCUGUACUCGGAUACGUCAUGAUUAUGAUAUCAAGAAUCAAAGUAGUAAGCCAACUCCAAGUCAUGAUCAUGUCACUGAGAAAUUUGUUAAUAGUACCGUUCAUGAUAGUGCUAUGGAUUGUUCUGAAGACAAUAACAGUUCGACCCUCAUUGAUGAAAAUCAGAUUCCUCUGGAUAGAAAUAAUGAAAGUGAAAAUAAUGAUGGGAAUAAUGCUUGUUUUUUCAAUGAUGAAAAUCAGAUUCCUGUGGAUAAAAAUAAUGAAGAGGAACAUGUGAAUGCAGAGAUUAAUAAUAGUGUUAAAACGAGAAAUUUUCGUUCAUUUAAUAUUUCAAUGAAUUUCACUAAUAACAUUUUUAUGUUUCAAAACAGGAAUACCACUGUAAAAGAUCAUUUACUAUGUGUAGUGGCUUUAUCUCUGCGACAUCAUUGGAGUUAUGAAUGUAUUUUAGAUACGUUUCGAUAUAUAAAUAAUUCAUAUGGAAGUACAGAAUUACCGACGACUAAACAAGCUCUUUGGAAAGCUUUAGGUCGUAACGAUUCUCAAGUAAUAAAAUAUUUUUACUGUCGAGAAUGUGACGAUUUUUUAGGAGAAAAAUCAAAAAUUUCCGACGAGUUACAACAGUAAUGCUGUUGUGGUGCAUGUGGUCCGAAAGUAAAAAAUUCAGAAUUACAUGAAGGUUAUUUUUUAUAUAAUAAUAUAACAUCGCAAAUUCAACAAUUAUUGUCUUCAGCAGAUAUUAUUGACGCAAUAAAAUAUAGAUUACAAAGGCAGAAACGUCAUUCUGAAAAUCUGGAAGACAUCUAUGAUGGAAGUGAAUAUAAAAAACUGAGUUCAUCGGGAAUUUUAAAAAACUGGUACAAUUUAUCGUUAACGCUUAAUACUGACGGAUGUCAAGUAGCUAAUUCUUCGAAUACCAGUGCCUGGCCAAUUUUCGCGCAAAUCAACGAGCUUCCACCUCAUUUAAGGAAAAAGCACAUGCUGUUAGUAGGAGUCUAUGUAGAUAAAAAAAAACCAUUAAUGAAUAAUAUUCUGCGACCUUUUAUUACUGAGCUGCGUGAAUUAUAUCAAGAUGGAGUAACUUGGAAAUCAUCUCAUGGAGUAGAGAUAACUUCGAAAAUCAUAGUAACAAUGGGUUGCUUUGAUUCCCCAGCCCGAUCAGCCGUAACUCGUUUUAAACAGUAUAAUGGCUAUGACAGUUGUUUAUAUUGUUAUACUAAAGGUAAAUUUGUGGCGAGUAAGAAAGUUGUGUUUCCUGCCCGAAAAAAUUUCACACGAUUGCGCACAAAAAAGUGUAUAGAGACUGCCAUGUAUGAAGCUAGCGAAAUCAGAAAGCCUGUUACAGGAGUAAAGGGUAUUUCAGCAUUAAUAACAUUACCGUUGUUUGAUAUAAGCAAAGGAGUGAUAGUUGAAUCGAUGCAUGCUGUGUACCUUGGCGUUGUAAAACAACACAUGACAUUACUGCUAACUUCAACAAAUGCACCUUAUUAUGUUGGAAAUCCUGAUUUGUGUAAAAUAAUAGAUGAAUGUUUGUUAUCUAUUAAACCUCCUUCUCGCCGAUCAAGAAAACCUAGAUCUAUUUCCACUUACAAGCAGUGGAAAGCCUCUGAAUGGAGAAAUUGGCUUGAUUACGCUCCGGUCUGUUUGAAAAAAGUUUUGGAUGAGAAAUAUGUGCAUCACAUUGCUCUUUUAUCAGAAGCAAUGCACUAUCUUAACAACGAUUCAAUUACUCCAAGUGACCUAGACCGUGCAGAAGAAUUAUUGAAAGAAUAUGUUGAUCUAUUUCAAAAAUAUUUUGGGAUUGCCAAUAUGAGUUCCAACAUACAUUUAAUCAGCCAUCUUGUUCAAUGCAUACGCAACUGGGGUCCAGCUUGGGGAUACUCAGCAUUUACGUUCGAGGCGUGGAACAAGAAACUACUAGAUCAACUUACUAGUUCACACUGCCGAGCUGAACAGAUAAUAACGCGUUUUUUAAUGGAAAAAUUUAUAAUAACAUCGUCUUCUGAUAACAGAGUGUCUGUUGAAACAAGGAAUUUCAUUAAAAAAAUUCUUAAACUACCUGUUACGAACGAUAAGGUAAAUUCACAAUCAAAAAUCUAUUGCAAAGGUAAAUCCGUAAAACGCUCGCCGACUCUUCAAGAAAUUGCAGCAUUAACUGCAGCUGGAUAUUCUCCCGACAAUUUGACAUGCUAUGAAAAAAUGAGUCAUAAUAAAGUAAAAUAUAAUUGCUAUAAUAUGGAAAAGGACGUUAAAUUCUGCGAUUCAGUAAUAAAUGAUGGGAAUGGAACCUAUGGCAUUAUUCAGUCAGUCAUCAAGUUUACUCAUGAGAAUUAUACUGUUUGUGGUUUAUUAAUGUUAACUUACAAUAAAGAAGAAAGUGCAUUUCAAACACGACAUAUAAGCAAAGUUAAAAUUUCUGAAAAUUUAGUUUUUGUCUGUGAAGAUGCCAAGAUAAAACCAGCAUGUCGCAUGGAACUUUCAGGAGAAACUUACAUUGUAACUCUUGCAAACUGUUGGGAGACAGACUGAAUGAAAGUAUCAAAAAUUUCGAAGAUAUGGUCCCCAAUUAUUGAAAAUUUAUAAUG